AACUACUGCAAUUGUGUAAACUUGUACAAAGAAGAGUGUCAUAACGGAUCUGUCCACACUGAAAUAUGGAAUUAAAAACAAACAAGAUUGUUAUAGGCUAGGCUGAUACCAGUAUCUUUAAGGAGCAAAGCAUUAAACAAACAUGAGUAAUAAACAUGAUGGUUGUUAUAAAAGCAUUAAUGGAAGAUUGGGCAAACUUCAUUAUCACAGAGGCCAAAACUUUACUGAUGCACAAAAACACUGCGAGAGAGUGGAUAAUUCACAACUUGCCGUUAUGAAGGACAAUGCUACAAUAUAUGACGUGGUUGCUUCCCUGGAAAGUUAUCCUGAAAAUAGAAAGUGUAUUGAGAGAGAUUUCUGGAUAGGUUUGCACAAAGAAAAUGACAAAUACAAAUGGUUAGAUGGUGGUGUGUGGGAUCAAACCAUUACACCCGUUGAUAAUAGUUAUCCUGGAAACUGUGUUCAACUGUAUUGGGUUAGAGGAAUGAAACCACGGUGGUCCCAAGAAAACUGUUCCAGUCUAUCAGCUUUCUUGUGUUAUACUUCAUUAACAGAUGAGCCACUUUCAACAACAACAGUGACCACCUUCUCGACACUCCGCAUGACCACCAGCUCAACAACGCACAUUACCACCAGCUCGACACCGCACAUGACCACCAGCCCGACACCGCGCAUGACCACCAGCUUAACACCCUGCAUGACCACCAGCUCAACACUGCGCAUGACCACCAGCUCGACACCCCGCAUGACCACCAGCUCGACACCCCGCAUGACCACCAGGUCGACACCACGCAUGACCACCAGCUUAACACCCCGCAUGACCACCAGCUCGACACCGCGCAUGACCACCAGCUCGACAACGCGCAUGACCACCAGCUCAGCAACGCGCAUGACCACCAGCUUGACACCCCCCAUGACCACCAGCUCAACACCGCGCAUAUACAGUAAUUCAAGCUUAUUAUCCGAAUCCACCGCUACAGCAGCCUCACCCCAAUCUGUAUCUCCAGUGCUGAUCGGGGCAAUUGCAGGAGGAGUUUUCGCGCUAUUGCUCGCACUUAUUCUUGUGAUGUAUUUCUGCAGAAAACGCAAACAGAGAAAUCAAAACCUCAGCCCUGCCCAAAAUCCUGAAGUCAACAUGAGUUUGAACUUCAACCCAAUGUAUGAAGAAUCUGCACAGGAAAAAAUCAAUCCGAUAUACAACAUGGACAUCGAACUUCGCCUUCAGCCUGAAGAUGCUUCAUUAAACUUGAAUCCUCAAGCGUGUGGUUCUAAUGAUGUCAUUCCUGUAAAUGGUGAUGUCACACCUGAUCAGAAUAUUAACAUGAACCCAUCUCCGAAAAAUGAAGUCUCAUUCACCCCGGAUGUACCUUACGCCAAAGUGAACAAAAAGAAAUAAACCAAGGAUGCCAGCAGCAGUAUCAACUAAACUAAAAGAACUAACUGUGGAUGUGCUAUAUUCAAUUUCAGCUACAUUACUGUUAAGCUUAGUAAUUUUUGGUUUUAGUGCUUUUAGUGGCUCACAAAGUCUUUUGACUGUAAAAGUUAAUUAUUUUAUGUAUAUAGGCUUAAAAGUAUUUGUCUAAAUUGUAAUUUUUUCUGAAUGGUCGUCUAAGUUUUAUUUCUUGGUUACGUUUGUUUCACUGCUAUACAGUAGGGCUUAGUUUUUAUGUUAACCUUAAGUUUACAAGGAAGUAAAACGAUUAAAGUCUAUUACAACAUUUAUUGUUCACCGAUAGCUAUUUAUAAUAACCGAAACUAAAUUUGCAACGGUAUUAGAAACAAUGGCCUUAUUGCUUUUAGCAUGACGUGAUACUGUAUUGUUCACUUUCAAAAAUUCCCCAGAACUUUUUUUGUAACCCUUUUCCGAAAAUUCCCUUUUUUUACAAACUUUUUCUUUUUUGUUCUAUAUGUCACAAUUCUUAGCUUGUAAAUCUGUGACAGUAUAUAUACUGUGUUGUUCUUUGUAGUUCGCUCGUCUCAUAGAAGAUGACAAACAAUGAAAAGCAAGAAGAGGCUUGUUAUGCAAGUAAUAAUGGAAAAUUAGGCCAAGUUUAUUUCCACAGGCAACAGUUAAACUUUACUGAUGCACAAAAACACUGCGAGAGAGUGGAUAAUUCACAACUGGCCAUCAUGAAGGACAAUGCUACAAUAUAUGACGUGGUUGCUUCUCUGAAAAGUUUCGUGCAGCAUAAUAUUACAGAUAGAUGUUAUGACCGAUACUUCUGGAUAGGUUUAAGCAAAAAAGGUGACAAAUACAAAUGGUUGGAUGGUGGUGUGUGGGUUAGAAUCAAUCAACUACAAUGGUUGAAAACAGUCAUCCUGGUAAUCCUGGAAACUGUGUAUCACUGUUGUGAAUUAGAGAAUCCAAAUCACGCUGGAUUCCACAAAACUGUUCAACUCCAAUAACUUUCUUGUGUUACCCUCCGUACCCAACUAAUGUGAUCACCACACCCAGCAGCUCGAACAUGCAAACAAACAUGACUGCGCCAUUUAUUACACCAGUGAUAAAAUUGCCUUAGGAAUGUUCGCGCUUCUACUCUUACUUAUCUUUUUGGUGUGUACCUACAGAAGCUGGGUUCUCAGAAUGGACAGGUCUGACCCCCAAUAUAUCAAUAUUGAACCACCCAAUGACUAUUAUGAAACAUGGUAUUCGCACCCCAUAUAUAUAUGAUACAAUCAACUGGUAAUAUAAUAAUGUUGCUGCUACCUGGUACUUUAAAACAUUUUAUUUUGCAACAAAAACUAUGACCUAUUGUUAACCAGAAAAAGCUACCACUUUAAAAUUAUCCAGAAAAGCGA